CAUCUGUCAACUACAACUUCGAAUGUAGGAGGUACGCUCAGCACGCGUAGUGGCUGAAGACCUGGGCACUGAAGUCAGUACAGGCCUGAGUUCAUAUGCUGCGCGACUCACGACGUGACCUCCAACAUCCCAGUAGAAACCUCACCCGAAGCAUCUGAAUUCUGACCCGUUUAAGCCUGCUAACGUCGCUCUAGCAUACCAACAUCAUCGGACCCCGCCAAUACAACACUAGUCUACUGCUGCUUCAGUAUGUUUGUGGGUAUAGACCUGAAACUUUCGAGAAGCCACGUGUAGACGGGUUGUAAGUCAUUCAGUUAUGAACUGGAAACGGAGCCAUGGUCGAGAUCGACGAAUCCCUCUGAAUGCUAUGCGAUAGAUCGCCUGGCUUUCUCUAUCCCGAUACACUCGGUGAUCCGGUGCACUUGAGCCUUCUCACCUGCAUCCUUCUGAGCCUAUCGCCGUCAACACAGAGGAGGCUUUGCGCGAGGUGCUCCGUGCGGGCCGAGGCUUGUUGCCGGCGUUCGCUGCGAUCAGAAGACGCUUCACUUGCUCGUCCAUCAUCCAUCACAUCACCAGCCCAUCGCCCACCGCCCAGGACCUGCCCCUCUUCCCCGCCGCACUCAGAACAACGCUACUCACCCACCCAGGCCCUCCUUUAACGAUCGCCGUUCAUCUCCUCUAACGUCACCAACACCGACUACAGCGACCGGUCUUCCGAGGGUACCGACUUUGCUGAACGCGGGGGGAUACCGAUGAGGCGUCGGAAGGGGAUCAAGUCGUAUCCGAGGCCAAGCGCGGAGAUGAGAUGGCCGGUUGAGUAAUUUCCGCUUGGACCGCUGGGAUGCGCCCUUCUUCCACAUUCUCCCCACCGACUUUGAUCUUUCUCUCUUUCUUCUUUAUCCCAUCUUCCAACAAUCUACCCAUAACAGACAUGCCGGAGUUCUCGUCCAACCACCAUCCAAAUCAGGCCAGCCUGAUAGGUUGGAUCACCCCCACCCUCUCUUCUGCGGCUUCCCAGCCAUCCUACUCAAGCCUGACCGAAGCACUCGCCGACAGAAACGCCAAGAGAGUUGCCACUCCCUCCUUGGAAGCACACGGCUCUACCGCCAAAAAGUCGAGAAUGAGAGGAGAUGAAUCGAGCAUCAAUCCUCCCACGCCCGAAACGGCCCCACGUCAUCCAAUCGCCUCGACCCAGGACGAGCCUGACCCCGACUCCGACUCCGACGACAUCUCGUCAGACGAGGAUGACAACGGGGACGACGCCGACUCCGACGACGGCCAGUCCGGUGAACUGGGCGACGGCUUUGCGAGUCACGGGAGACGACUUCUGGAUGAAGUAUCUCGUCAGGCCCAUCGAGAACCACGCAUAUCGCCUGGGCUUAAAGCCAACCCCACUACUCGACGCCACGCACAAGCGCCUUUCGGAGGUCUUGGGCUUCGUUCUGAGCAGCAAGCACGUGAAUUACUUCUGGACUGUCAACCCGAUGUUCAAGGGAAUUCGGGAGCGGCUGCUCGGGCUGUUGGGGCUCUUCAUGCCGAAGAACGUCAAGAGCUCCUGGCAAGCCCAGAGCCCCCAUCCGGCGCCCAGAUCCGUUCCCUCAUUGAUGCCAACGGUGUAUACUGUAAGGAGCACGGGGUCCGAUUGGACAAGCUAGAGGGCCGUGGCGAGGUGCAGAGACGCUGUCUUGGUGUGUACUGGAAGGUGGCAUUGCCAAAAGGCAAUGUCGACUCUGAAGAUACCGACUAUGACGACAUCGAUGAACAAGAUGCCGAACAUCAGUAUAGCGUUCACCACCACCCGCCCCCGCCUAUACGCAUAUAUAACGGACAAACGGCGAAGGUGAUCCCCUCUGGCAACCCGAUGGGGUUCCGAGCGCGAUGGAGAGAACAUGUGAGGGAAGCGUACUGUCAUGACGAAGCGAAUGCGCGAGACAGUCUCUUCACGACAACAUUCAUCAAGUCCUAA